CCCGGGAUCAGUUAAAUUCUCCCACCAGUUUCGUGGACGGUUCCAUGAUUUACGGAAGUGAUCUUCACACCGUUCAAUCACUGCGACUAUUUCAAGACGGUUUGAUGAGGUUUCAAAGAGAUUCAGAGGGAAAUGUCAUUUUACCACGAUCUCGAAACACUAGAGGCGAUUUGUGUAGUGAACCAAGGAAUAAAUUAUUCUGCUUUCAAGCAGGAGAUCGUCGGUUGAAUGAACAUCCAGCCUUAACAGCUUUACACACCAUAUUCAUUAGAGAACAUAACAGAAUUGCGAGAGAACUCAGAAAAAUAAAUCCUUGCUGGAAUGAUGAGAGGCUGUUUCAAGAAGCCAGGUUAAGCUUAUAUUGUUUCGAAGUGUUUGAUCAAAGCAAACUACCUUCAUAGAUCAUAGCUAAACAUUAACCGAUAAUGAAUAUAGAAAAGUUAAUAUAUAUCUCUUAAUGGGGUAUACAAAGUCACGAGCUCAUAAAUAUUAUCAUAAUAUGAAAGUAUUUAUUCAUGAAAUGGUACCGUUGCUGUUAAACAUAUUUUAUACCGUAACCAUAACAUUUCACGAUGUUCGGCCAUCUUAGAAAAUUAAGCUUAGUGCUAAUUCCAAAUAUUAA